GCUGCAGUAUGGCGCGUCGCGCUGCAUGUGAAGAUCAGAUCUGAACAUUUAAACACUGUUCAGUGUUCAGUUCUCUAGCACACAUUAAACUUUCACUCAGGUCAGUAUGGAGCACACGCCUGGCUCACACAGUAAAGAAGUGGAUAUUUACCGGGACACAUGGGUGAGAUAUCUAGGUUAUGCCAACGAGGUGGGCGAGGCGUUCCGUGCGUUGGUGCCAGUCAGUCUGGUGUGGGCCAGUUACGCUGUUGCCACGGCAUACGUGUCAGCUGAUGCAAUGGACAAAGGCAAGAAAGCUGCUGUGGCUCACGAUGAGAAUCCCGGUAAGUCUGCACAGGUGGCUGUUGCCGUGGUCGACACGUUUGUGUGGCAGGCUCUGGCUUCAGUGGCCAUUCCUGGAUUCACCAUUAACCGCGUGUGUGCUGCGUCUCUGUUUGUGCUCGGAAAAACCACACGCUGGCCGUUACCUGUGCGCAAGUGGACGACAACUGCCAUCGGCCUCUCCACCAUCCCCUUCAUCAUCAAACCCAUUGACAGGUCUGUGGAUUUCCUGCUGGACUCCAGUCUGAGAAAACUCUACGGUGAAGGAUCAAAACAUGAAUGAACUGACCUCUGACCUCUGACCUCAUCAGGAGCUUCUGGAGUUUUAAAAUGAACUGUGCCAUUUUCUUUCUUAUUUUUGUACAUUAUUGCCUUCGAAUGUUCUCUGCAGUUUAUUGGUUUUGUUUACUGGUUGAAUUUCAGGUUUGAAAGUUUAAAGAUUGAAUUGUUUUCUCAAACUGUAUAAAUGUUAACGUGUCAUAUCUGUUAUUUAAAAAUAAUCGUAACUACAAUAUUUGAUUUUCUGCAUGUUUAAUGUUUUUUUAAGGUGUUGAAUCUUUGUAAUUUGCUGUGAAAAGAAUCUUAUGGGAAAGGACAAAGAAGCGCCUCUCAUAAAGCCAUAUAAUAUGCAAGUUCAGUUGUGGCAUUACAAAUGAUAUUUUUUAAGAAAAUGUUUCUUAAAUUUCUUGACUUCCAGCCAUAAUUUAGCAUUUAAAUCCAUAUCUGUAAUGCAGUUAUACAGUCUGUCAUGAUAUAGUGUCUAUAAUGGAUCAGAAAGGUGAUUUGAGGGGAAAUAUAUUAUUGAGUCUGUUCACUUUGUCCUGAUGUCAACAUUUAAAACAUGGUUGAGGAGGAAGUUUAUUUUCUUAUUGUAAAUGUCUGUAGUGAAAUAUCAGAUUGUUAUUUAGUUUAUAGUUAUACAUCACAGAUUUAUGAAUCUUGAAGAUGAACAACAAUAACUUCUGAUAUGUGAAAAUGAAUAAUUCUCCUUAUUAAAAACAACAACA